CACAGCCACGGCCUUUUGCCUCUUAUGAUUUGACUACUGUUCCAGGCUGUUUUGUCUCGCUUCUCCGUGCACUAUCGACUGGACAUUUUAGUGAACUCGGAUGUGGUGUGGUACUUUCAUGAGACGUGCGGUCAGCAUAAUUGCGAAAUCGUUGAACAGAAAGUAUUCUGCGGCUCUCGCACUAAAACUGAAAGCAAUUUGAACGAGGAAGUUCAGCGUGUGAAGAUGGCUUCCAGACAGCAGGGCGACAGUUGGACGUCGGAGACAAUUUGUUCAAUUUGUCUUGAUUUCUUCACCGAUCCGGUAAUGCUAGAGUGUGGACACAACUUCUGCCGCUACUGUAUAUUCCGGUGUUGGGAAAAUAAAGACAUAAACUUAUGCCCGGAAUGUCGGGAGAGAAUUCUCGAAAAGAACCUGAAGGUUAAUCGGGCCUUAGCGAAUCUGGCCGAGAAAGCUCGACUGGUGAAGCAGAAUCAGAAAGAGAUAAAAACUAAACGUGACUGUGCAGAACACCGGGAAGGUCUGAAGCUGUUUUGUGAAACUGACAAAAAAUUGAUCUGCUUCAUUUGCAGAGAUUCAAGGGAACAUAAAUCGCAUAAUUUCUUGCCGAUUAAAGAAGCUGUUGAAAUCUAUAAGAGUCAGUUGAAAUCUUGUACGGAUAACCUCAAAAUGAUGAAAUCAGAGGUUUUAGAAAGGGAACUGCAACAGAAAGGGAAGAUUUACGAAAUUAGGGAACAGGCAAAUAGGCUGCAGACUCUUAUUAUGUCCGAGUUCACUAAAAUGCAUCAGAUUCUCACGGAGAAAGAACAGCGUUUACUCAGAGAACUCAGGGAAGAGGAAAGGAGGAUUCGAGAACAAAUGGAGAAAAACCUUUUAGGGAUUCAGGAUAACUUAAAAUACAUUCAAGACUCCCUCACUCUGCUUCAGAAACAAAUGGAGGAGGAAGACGAGCUGGAAUUUCUGAAGGAGGAGGUUUGUCGGAAAGGAAGGGUUGGUGAGGAACGUCAGAUCCUGUCAGUGGUAGAUCUUACCUUACCCACCAUAAAGUUCGAUCGUCUUCUGCAGUACACAACGUGGAGAAAAAUGAUAGACUCCAUUAACCCAGCUCCUGCUUCUGUGACCCUGGAUCCGAAUACAGCGAAUCCUUGGCUCGUUCUGUCUGAGGACCGGACCAGCGUGAGACUCGGAGGAAUUCGAAGGCAGCUCCCUGACACCCCGACGCGUUUUGAUCAGUACGCCUGCGUCCUGGGAGCGGAGGGAUUCACUUCGGGGAAGCAUUAUUGGGAAGUGAGGGUUGGCAAUAAAACAGAGUGGCGUUUGGGAGUGGCCCAAGAAUCCAUCAACAGGAAAAGGGGAUUCAACCUAAGAUCCGACUCUGGCUGCUGGCUCGUGUGGCUGAAACCAAGGAAAGGAUACGUAGCCGGUACCUCUCCCUCUGAGACCAGCCUCACUUCAGCUGCGAAACCCCGGAAAAUCGGGGUUUACCUGGACUAUGAGGGUGGACAGGUGUCAUUUUACAAUGCGGACAACAUGUCCCACCUCUACACUUUCACCCACACUUUCACUGAGAGGGUCUUUCCCAUCUACUUUCCGGGUCUGAACAUCGACUGCAAAAACGCAGCACCUCUGAUAAUCUGCGGUGCCAGUGAUCACUAGAAAGGCUGCCUCACAUUAUGUCACCAUGUCCUACAGGGGUCAUCGGCCUCGAGCAGAAGUCGGGCAUUUGGACCAAUUGUCACCUGAGUUUGCUGCAUUCACAAAUGUCUACAAUUGGUGAGAUUUAUAUUCUUAGUCAGCAUCAUGAAAGAGAGUUGUAGCAACUGCGCCAAAGAUGCAGUUAAUUUCAAAGCUAAUUUGAAAAUCUCAAAAGUAUCGUCAAUCAAUGAGGGCGGAAACAACGGAGAAUCGCAACUGAGCAAAAAAGAAACAUUAAUGGAGCACGAUAAUUAAAGUUUAAGAGUGCUAGGAAGAACUGUUAGGUUGUGAGAGAACACAAAGAGGCUUUAACGACUCAGGAAACUCAUUAUCUCACCCAAAUAGUAGGAGCUGCCGAUGCUGGAGAAUCUGAGAUAACACGGUGUGAAGCUGGAUGAACACAGCAGGCCAAGCAGCAUCAGAGGAGCAGGAAAGUUUGACGUUUCGGAUCGGGACCCUUCUUCAGAAAGAAGGGUCUUCAUUAUGUCACCGCAGUUUUACAAUAUCCCAUGAAAGUGAAGAGGAGAAGGGGAACCAGAUAGGAAUUAAAUUACAACGGAGUAGAUGGGAUUAUUGGCGAUAAGUCAAAAACAAGAUGUUGAAAAUUAACAGAAAGCUCAUACCUGUGGAGAGUUUGGGCAAAGAUUCUGUAAAAACAUUUUAUUUUUAAUAUGUAGAUGAAUGUACUGUCCCUGGCUCUGACUCGUACAACGACCCUGUGAAUGUAAAUAUUAAAGAGGAGUGUUCCAUC